UGUGCUGCAACAGUGCUGCAAAAACUAUACUGUGCAGCGCGGCGACGCUAUGUCUCAGUAUAUAUGCCUCUCGUGCAUUCAGGCCGCCCAAAAUGCAUAUCGUUUCAAGUUAAUAUUGGAACAAAGCAUGGCAAAUUAUCGUCAACUUACCAUAAAAAAAACAAAGAAGCCACCUGCGGCGGCCACCACACGUUGUCAUUUAGUAUUGGCAAAAGUUUCGGAUAAUGAAGAAACGUAUACCAUAACAAAUAGCGACGAGGAGGAGGAUCUUAUGCGUGCAAACGAAAGCAAGGAGAUGGAGCCAGAGCACGAAGUCGCGGUGCCGGCCGAUAAGUUGGACGACGUAGUUGAGCAUUACAUUUAUGAUGAGUUUCGCAAGUGCAUCAUCUUUCCCUCUGAAAGAAAUGAGAAAGAUCCAAUGACUGAAAUGCAGACGGAGACAGUCCUCACUUUUAACAUUGACACGGAUGAUGCGGUUGAGGAAGACACUUGCAUAUUGAGGAAUCCUCUAACGGAAUUCGCUGAUAGACAGGCUCGUAUGAAGAUGAGCGUUGAAAUGGAACAAAUACCCGAGCUGGCUCAGGUGCCAGAAUCAACACUUAAGAAUGUAAUAUUAGAGAACGAUACCACAAAAGAGGAGGCACGCAUAUGCAAGAAAGUAAAAAAGAUGCAUGAAACUGGGACAACUGAUCGGCAGCAUUUCAAUAAAGAGGACUCUCCAGAUGUGAUGGAACUUCUCAUGAGCAUAUCAACGGAUACCGAGAAGGGCGAAACUGAUACCCAGUCGAAGUUAAUACCAUUUGAGUGCAGGUGGUGCAGCAAGGUAAUUUCGCGCGAAGAAAAUAUAAAAUGGCAUGAAUUGCGUCAAUGUGGCAAGGUGUCGUAUGUCUGCCAGGUGUGUGGCAACGCAUUCAUGACUAAGUUCCAGCUAAGUAGACACACGUCCUGUCACAAUAACAAGCAGACGUCCAAAAGAAAACCUCUUGGAAAUAAGAACACGCCGUCACCCAAAAAGAAGAAACCAGAAGACAGUCACAAGAAUGAUCGUCAGGAUCGUAAGGAGAGCAUUUCUCCCAGAAAAAAUCGUAGCACCGAAGAAUUUCCAUGUCCGGAGUGCAACAAGAGGUUUGACUCGAAGGAAAAGCUCGAUUUUCACAUGAAUGAGAUGUGCCAUAAAUGUCCCCAGUGCUCACGCUUCUAUGCAAAUAAACGCAGUCUAAUGCGACAUCUCAAGGAUCACAAUACAUUGGAACUCUUUGAUUGCCGCCGUUGCCCGCGCUCAUUCACGGAAAUCGAUGACUUCCUGGUGCACAAGAACACCCACAAAAACGAUGGACCAUUUAACUGCAUUCAAUGCAAUGCAGAAUUCAACGACGUAAUUUAUCUGCAGAUCCACGCUAAGCUGGAGCAUAGCCAAGAAGUUACAGAACCUUCAAAACUGAAGCAAAGCCAAGGAGAUACUGGAGCUACUCCCCGUAGUUCCACGAAACGGAACAAAUCGGAUCACCAUCAAGAACAAGGGCAACUGGAGCGCAGCCAAAAUGAUACAUUAGCCUCAAAACUGGAGCGCAGCCAAGGAGAUACAGAAGAACUAAAACUGGAGCAUAGCCAAGGAGAUACAGGAGCUACUCCCCGUAGGGCCAGGAAACAGAUCAAAUCGGAUCGCCAUCAAGAACAAGAAGUUACUAGAGGUAGUCCCUGUGGGGCCAGGAAACAGAUAAAAUCGAAGCAGAUUGAUUCAGAAAUGCUUUCCCCAAGUCUCUCAAGGAGUCCAUCAUUGCCAAAGAAGAUGAAGUGCGGCGACGACACCGACGAUACCGACGACACUGAUACAUUAAGCCAUACCAAGAGCCCAUCACUGCCAAAAAAAUUGAAUUUUGCGUGCAAGAAGUGCGAUGAGAAAUUUACGUCAGUAACUUCACUGUCUGCUCACACUCAUACGCACUCGGACGUCGGAUGUCCUCACCACGAGUGCACGUUUUGCAAGAAGACAUUUAAUCGCAAAUAUAAACUGGUUGAGCACAUUCGUAAUCACACUGGCGAACGUCCUUACGAGUGCUCGCACUGCGACAAGAAAUUUCAGCUCAAGCGCUCCCUGGAUAGUCACAGUCUUGUCCACACUAUUGGGGAUCGUCCUUUCGCUUGCUCGCAUUGUAGCAAGACAUUUUUGAGCAAGUAUGACCUGAAUGAGCAUGCUUGUACGCACUCUGCCGCUCGUCUUUACGAGUGCACACAGUGCGACAAAAAAUAUACGUCGAAGCAAAACUUGGACAGGCACCUUCUUUUUCACGCUGGGAAACUUCCUUACAAGUGCUCGAACUGUGGCAAGAAAUUUGUGAGCAAGCAUGAAUUGAUUGGACACGCUCUUACGCACUCUGACUCUCGUCCUUACAAAUGCUUGAUUUGCGAGAUGCCAUUUAAGACUAAGUAUUCGCUACAAAGGCAUGGUCUUGUACACUCUGGCAAGCGUCCUCACGAGUGCUUGGAUUGCGGCAAGAAAUAUUCUCGCAAGAACUCUCUAGAUAGGCACAGGCUUCUUCACAUUACUCUGGUUCGUCCUUUCGCGUGCUCGCAUUGCGACAUGAAAUUUUUGCGCAAGGAUGAAUUGAAUGGACACGUUCGUAAGCACUCUGACGAACGUCCUUACGAGUGCACGCAGUGCCACAAAAAAUUUAAGGCCAAUCAAUCGUUGAUUAGGCACACUCAAAUUCACACUGGCGAACGUCCUUACGAGUGCUCGCAGUGCGACAAAAAAUUUGCGAAAAAGUACGACCUAAAGGAGCACACUCUUAUUCACAUUGGCGAAUGUAAUUUCAAAUGCUCAGAUUGUGGCUUGAAGUUUCUGCGCAGGCGUGACCUGGUUGCGCACGCUGUUAUUCACACUGGCGAACGUCCUUACAAGUGUUUAGCUUGCAACAAGAAAUUUCGAUCAAAGUAUUUCCUGGAAUCGCACACCAGCAAGUACACGGAUAAAGGUCCCUACAACUGCAGGCUCUGCGGCAUUAAAUUUGAGCAAGGGUGUGUGCUAAAUCAACAUGUUACUCUUACCCACGAGUCUCACGAGUGCUUGCCCUGCGACAGAAAAUUCAGUUCAAUUGCAGAUCUUGACGAACAUAUGCGAGGACGAAAGUUUCAAACUGGAGAUGCACAAAAUGGCGGCGUCUAACAACGUGGCGAGCUUAACUAAAGAAAAUAUGCAUGGAAAGCGUUUGGUUGAAAAUCAGGACGAUGAAUGUGCUUGAAGAUUUAUUUUUUACUUAACGACAUUUAUUUAGAAAAAAUUUGCAGAACUUUAAUGAAUAAUUCUGUGGUUAGGUUUAUAUUUUUGAUUUCGCCAAAAAGACUGGAAGUUGGUUCCUAAUUUUGUUAACUAUUCUUA